AUGUCGGCGAAAGUGAAGGGCGGCAAAGCGGCGACGACGUCUGCGGCGGCGGCGGCUGCGGGGGGCGGCAGCAGCAGCACGGGCGACGAGAAGAAGCUGUUGAAAAAGGAGCGCGUGGCGCCGGCGUCGUCGCGUCCCGACCCCCAGCUCACCAGCAGUGGCGGCGGCAAGAAGCGGCGGCAAGAAGCCCGAGGGCGGCGGCCCGACGACGACUCCUUCUCGUGCGCCCUCGCCGCCCUCUGUCUUCACGGCGACUCCAAACUCAGGGACGCCGGGAUGAAGAAAAUGGAGUACAAGACCAGGCAAUGGCACGAGAAGUGCUUCAGCUGUUGCGUGUGCAAGACUCCGAUCGGGACCAAGUCGUUCAUCCCAAAGGAUCAAGAGAUCUACUGCACUGGCUGCUACGAGGAGACUUUUGCCACCAGAUGCAUCAAAUGCAACAAGUUCCGCCUCUGCUAA